CCUCGGAUCACUAGAUCCCGCACCAUUAUAAAUCUACCAUUGUUUGCCCUCGUGUAUCGAACCUGGACUACUGUUCUUCCAUUUCUAUCUAACAGAAAGAUCAAGCUCGAAUUUUCUCAUUUAUGUCUCAAUUCGACCGCUCCGUAAUGGACACUGAAUCAGUAAUCGAGUUUCUUGGCGGCGUUCCUUUGCUACAGAGACUCCCAAGCUCGUCUAUCAAGAAAAUUUCUUCACUCGUUACUGUUAAACACUACGAGAAAGGACAGCAUGUUAUUCGCGAGGGAGAGAUUGCAGAAGGAAUCUAUAUAAUAUGGGAAGGGGAGGCUGAAGUAUCUGGAUCAAUUCAUGCGGAGGAACACGAUCGCCCCGAGUUUCAAUUGAAACGCUAUGAUUACUUUGGUGACGGUGUCGUUGCUUCCGUUCAGCAGGCAGAUGUUAUUGCUUUGACGAAGCUGACCUGCUUAGUGUUGCCCCAUGAACACUGUACUUUACUUCGUCCCAAAUCAAUGUGGAGUGCUGAUAAGACACCGGACUCGUGCUCCCUUGUGGAGAGUAUAUUGCAUUUGGAGCCUAUAGAAAUGAAUAUAUUCCAAGGGAUUACCUUACCAGAUGCCCCAAAAUUUGGAAAAGUCUUUGGAGGACAGUUUGUUGGGCAGGCACUGGCUGCAGCAUCAAAAACUGUUGAUUGUCUUAAGGUUGUUCAUAGCUUACAUGCCUAUUUUCUUCUUGUUGGAGAUUUUAACAUGCCAAUUUUAUAUGAAGUGCAGCGUGUACGUGAGGGGAAAAGUUUUGCCACCCGGAGAGUUAAUGCGGUGCAAAAAGGGAAUAUUGUGUUCACGUUGAUGGCUUCAUUUCAGAAAGAACAACAAGGGUUUGAACACCAAGAAGUAACAAUGCCGAAUGUCCCAGAACCAGAGAUGCUUCUGUCAAUGGAGGAGCUGCGCCAGAAACGUCUAACAGAUCCUCGUCUUCCAAGGAGCUACAGAAACAAGGUCGCCUCAAAAGAUUUUGUCCCCUGGCCCAUAGAGAUAAGGUUUUGUGAGCCAAACAAUAAUACUAAUCAGACAAAAUCUCCUCCAAGUUUGAGGUACUGGUUUAGAUCAAAAGGAAAACUUUCUGAUGACCAGGCUUUACAUAGAUGUGUAGCAGCAUAUACCUCAGAUCUUAUAUUUCUUCAAGUUAGCAUGAAUCCCCACCGUGCUAAGGAUCUGAAGACGGCUUCAGUGAGUUUAGACCACUCGAUGUGGUUCCACAGGCCCUUUAGAGCUGAUGAUUGGUUAUUAUUUGUGAUGGCUAGUCCUGCUGCCUCCCAAGCACGUGGUUUUGUAUCUGGCCAAAUGUUCAACAGAAAGGGAGAGCAUGUCGUAUCAGUGACUCAAGAGGGUCUUCUCAGGAAGGCUUCAACACCAAACCCCGCUACUGCCUCAAAGCUGUGAAUGUUCAUGCACUGGGUUCUAGGCCAGAAUGUGUUGUUUAGAAAUCUAGGUUAUCCAAAUUUUGCUCCUUAUGAAUUGUAAUGAGUUUUCAAUCAUAAUAACAACUGUCAACCAUAUAGCUUAUCAUCUAAUAAAGUUUGAUUCUAGCAGCCGGGCUGCUUUUUUCUGCA